AUGUCUUUUUCCACCCUAAAACCAGCAUCCUGUUGGCUUCCUCCGGUGACUGGAGGAUGUGGGUCCCACUCAAAAGUUUUAAUAGUCGAAAUGGUGCAAAAUCCAGCUUUUCCUUCUCUUCAGACAGCGAACAAGGAAGAAAAACCACUAUUGCGGGAGACCUUCAAGGCCACCUCGAGGAGGGAGAUAAUGCAUUUGGCAGCUGCAUCAUUAGGUUUUCUUUCUCUUCUCUUACCAGAAUAUGCUGAAGCACGUACUAGAAAUGCCGACACUAGGAGGAAGAUCUUGGGGAAGCUUGAAGAACUCAGGGAAAAAGCUGGCUUGUCCAAGCCAAAACUUGAAGGCCUAGAAAAGAACCCAAAAGAUGAAGCUGAAGAAAAGAAUACAAAGCCAAUCGAAGAAAGUGAAGGAAAGAAGCCCACACCUCAGCAGUCUACAGCUCCAUCGUUAGACGGAGGUCUUCAUUUACCACUCCCUACUCUCCUAAAUGGCAAAAUGGUGGAAACAAAAGUCUUAUAA